AUGGGAGUCCUGUUGAGAAGCCAGACUGAGGUAAACACAAGCAGAUGGGAGAGAGCAAAGGAGAGCGAGUGUGUCAAGAGGUCUCAGGACAGCUCCAUCUCUUCCAUCUCCUCUCCACCACCUCUCCCUCGUGCCUGCUGCCGUGCCCGUGCCUACCUCGUGAUGAGCCUCAACUUAGAGGUGGUGCUUGAGCCUGAGAAGUCUUGUUACACCAAUGGCGAGGACGUGACUGGCUGGGUCAAUGUGAAGGUGGAGACUGUUACGGCUUGCAGAGCCAUCCUUGCUCGUGCCCGGGGGUUCUGCGAGGUGAGGUGGGAGUCCAGCAGUGAUGACGAUGAUGUGGUGACCGACACAGAGACAUUCUUCGACCACACCAUCACUGUCUGGUCCGGGGCAAGUUAUGGGGAGAACCUCAUGCCGGGUGAAUUCCGUUUCCCGUUCUGCUUCAAGCUCCCCGACAAACUCCCUCCAACUUACGAGGGAAAGUAUGGACACAUCCGCUACUCGGUGGAGGCGCAGAAUGACUUCCAGUGGGGCGCUGUCGAGAAGGCUAUUGCUCGCUUUAAAGUGAAGCCUUUGCAAGACUUGAAUGAGGACCCCAAACUAGCUGAGUCUCUGCCAUUGCGCAAGGAGGAGAUGGUGUGCUGCCUGUGCUGUGAGGAGGGGCCGGUGAUGGUUUCCCUCACAGCAGAGAAGGGUGGCUACGUGGCAGGGGAGUACGUGCUCAUAACAGGCGAGGUGACUAACCGCACGUCCAAGGUGGUGGAGAGUGCCAAUAUCCAGCUACUGCAGACCAUCACCUUCUAUGCCAAAGGCAACACCAAGAAACAGAAGAACUUGCUAAAGGAGGUGCAGAAGCCUGGCUUCGGUGCUGGUGGCACUGACGUCUGGCUGUCUGUCCCAAUCCGUGUCCCAGAGUAUGCAGUGUCCAUUGACCAUUGCCACAACAUCAGUGUGGAAUAUAAGAUUAGGGUUGCCUUCUCAGUGGGGGGCUACUGGGAUGUGGAUGUGGAGAACACCUUCAGGGUGGGCACCAUACCUGUGGGCAAAGUGGCGUUUGCUCUGGAUGGUGACCCCUCCAGCAACACCCAACCCUCGGCACCACCCCUGGAGGACCCCAUCACACCUCCUCUCCCCAUCCUGGAGCAGCCCCGUGCCCUCCCUGCCCCCACCGACCCACUGGCAAAGGAAGGCAAGGAGGGGGAUGGCUGUGCCCUGCCUGUUUCUUAAGGUUAAUUUUGGUGUCUAGUCCAGUGAAUACUUUUCUAUGAGAGGAAGUCAAAAUUGUUGGUGAAUUGACUGGUGUGUAAUGCCAGUUUUGUACGUGUGUAGCCCGGGUCCAGCACCGCAAGAGUGGCACUUGAGUCGUGUUGAGGUGAGUCACGGCUCAUGAAUGUUUGAUCUGAGGGAUUUGAAAGCUAUGAAUGGAUUGGUUCUCCCCCUUGGCUUUUAUUACAAAUGUAGAAUUCACAUUUUAAAAGAUUGCCUAAAUGUCCUGUAUUUCAAAUGUAGAAUUUGCAUUUACUCUAUAUUCUAAAAUGGAUGCCAUAAAGUGCAUUCAUUGAAAGACAAAGAAUCUGCUGUUAAUCCCAGUGUACAGAUUGCAUUCAUAAGUAGUGAUUCACCAGUACAGAUUUUGUAUCCAACUGGACUUUAAAUCAGUGUUUGGCUUCACAUUACCUGUAAGAAGCUGAACCUAAGACCACACACUACGAUUUAGAAAUUUGUACGUGUUUAUAAUUCCUGGCGUAUUGCAGCUUUUGAAACUGUGUGACUGUGAACACCAGAUACAAGGGCCGUAUUCUGAAACACCUCUGCACUGUACUUCCUCUACUUUCCAGAAACCAUGGUUCUAAUAACAGAUUAACAAGAUUUCUAUAUUAUUAACAGGAGAAACGCUCUCAAGAACCUGGCCAAUCGUCUGUGGCUUUGGAAAAUAGUUGUGGUGAGAGAGCAAAGUGUUUAAGAAUGCCGGGCCAAGUCACACUUUUUCUAACACAAACUUCAUCAGAUUCCUAAGUGUCAGUACAAUGCAAAUCACCGACCAAUUUUUCAUACUUUUAUAAGAUUGAUAGUGGCUCUACCUCACUCCCUUGAGGCAAAGUUUUGUACUGUAGUCGCCGUCUUGGUACCGAGACAAACUGAACUUAGUACUCAAUUCACUACAAGAUGAGCUUUGAGUCACUGUCUGUCUCUACAACACUGUGGCUUACGUGUAUCUGUCAUGUUACUUAGGUCACAAUUCCAGCAAGAUUCACCACUGCAAACAUCAUCUGCAGUGGUGCACUUUACUCAGCCACACUUUUCUCUCUCUGUCUCUCUCUGCCAUGAACUUUGGCAGCUGACCCUUUAUCAAUUCCAGGCUUCAGGGAUGUGAGCUAAUCCUUUAGGUGACGCACAGCUUGAUGUACUCUCCUGGUUUUACAGCUUGUCUUGCAUCAUAUUUAUCUUCUGGGUCACUGUCUCCUUCUCUAUUCUCUCCUGGGUGUUCAUCUUUAUCACCUGUUAUUGCACUUAUGUUCUCCCCAGGUUACUAUUAUUGUACUCUAUCUUCUGCAUCACUUUUUUCUCCCCCAUUCUCUCCAAGGUGUUUGCAGGUCAGCACCUAUUACCAUACCCUUAUUUAUCUUGUCAUUUUCCCUUCCCCAUCCUCUCCCAGGUCUUCAUCUUUAUCACCUGUACUCAUUUUUCCUUUCCUCUUCUCUCCUAAGUCUUCAUCUUUAUCACCUUUUACUAUACUCCUAAUUAUCUUGUCACCUUUUCCUCCUCAAUCCUCUCCCACUCACCACCCAAGAGGGAGCUGUGAAUCUUAUUGUUUUGGUCUGUCCUAGAGGAUAAUGAGCUGUAUUAGUGAUCUUCAAGUGCAAUGCAGGAAGAAGCUUUGUAUCCAGCCUUUGUAUGCAUCUUGUGGGAGCUUUGCCGGGCCUUUAUACUCCUUUGCAAUAAUACUCACUGCUGAACACCAGGCUUAGAAGAAUCUCAAACCGCAAGCCUCACUUUUUUCCUGCAUUAAGUCCGAGGUGGAAGGUUAAGUUAAUGGAUGUUUGAGUAUGUGUUUAAAAGUGGAAUGUGUUUUGAGUGGUGAUGCCUGCUGAACAGUGUGUGUGUGUGUGUGUGUGUGUGUGUGUGUGUGUGUGUGUGUGUGUGUGUGUGUGUGUGUGUCAGCAUUCACAGCCCCUCCUCUUAAUAUCCCAGAUUAUGUACACUAUUUGUUUUAUAUAUUCCUUCUUGCCACUCCCAAAUAAUCUCUUUUUUUCUUCUUACAUGUUUAUCUAUUUUUUUAUUUAUUUAUUUAUUUAUUUAUUUAUUUAUUUAUUCAUUUUAUUUUAUUUAUUUAUUUAUUUAUUUUUUUUUUUUUUAGCAUUGAGUAUUUUAGCAUAGUUGGAAAUUGUUGUAUCACAGUUUUGAGUCUUGUGUUGUGUUCAAGAGGGGAACUGUUGGUGAGUGUUCUUAUGCUCUGAUUUCCUUACUUUAUUAUUAUCUUGGUGUUUAAGGAUGGGGUCUGCAUCUAGAGUGUGUGUGUGUGUGUGUGUGUGUGUGUGUUCCUUUUUCAUCCAUAUUACCAUUUCCUUCUAUGUUCUGCCUCACUAUUACAUCACCACCUGCUUCCAUAUCUUCACCCUCACAAGCAACACAAAGCAACAGACCACCACCUCAGGACAACACUCACACAUCACCUCCAGGUCCGCCCACCGCCCGUGUUCUGCAGUACUACCAACACAAGCACCCCAGCAACACAAAGUUUGUUGGUAAUGAUUCCAUUAUUAGUUUAGCAGUAGUAUCAUAGUUUAGUGUUCCGUUGCAAUACAAAGGGAUGGUAUUGGCAACUCUGGACUCCCAUGCAACACUGCCAAAGAUUCAACAUGACCAAAUCAACACAUAGUAAGUUAGAUGAAUGCUUUUUUACGAGUUUUGAUAUCCAGGGACAGUAAUCUUGACUUGCAGCUUUAGAAGAUAUACCAGUUCAGUGUGUGUGUGUCAUGUUAUGCAGGUUUCAAAUACUCAGAUGUGCGUGUCGUUUUAUUUACGUAUGUGCGUUUUUCCGCUCAAAAAAUAAUAACAAACGAGAAAUUGUUUGAUCGCCAAAAGUUGUAAUAGAUGGAAUAUUUUAACUUGUAUUUCAGUGCAUCAUAAGAAGUGUGUGUUCUUACCUAAUUGUGUUUUUUUGCAGGAUGGAGUCAAGUUUGUAAUGAUCCAUUAAGUUAAUUUGUCAUACUUAUCUUUCAAGCUGUGAGUGCUCCUUGUACACACAGCUUGGUCAGUCGGUCAGUGUGUUCCAUUGACUGAUUGCUAUGUCAGAAAAACUAUAUUCUCUCAUCUUUCUUCACUUUUUUUGUACAAUUUCUUGCUGUGCCCUCUUAGUGUGUGUGUGUGUGUGUGUAUGUGUGUGUGUGUGUUUAUAGUAUCACUCCAGAAUCACACAGUAACAACUCAAACCAAAGUCCAUUUCCAACCUGCCAUUUGCACAGCAGCUCCCAAAACUAUCUAUGAAAAAAUGAGGUGUACAUUCUGACACAACAGACAAUAUUAUUUGACACGUUUAGUGAUUACGGCAGCAACAGUUAUCAGCCCUGCACACUGGGUAUGGUUGCCGUGUCAUGAUGUGGGAAAUAGACCGGCACAUCAGCAUCACGUCAAGCCACGCAUGCCAAUCUUACAACUCCACACGUGAUCAGGCAGCAGGUGUCAUAUUGUUCAUUAUGCCACAGUUGACACCACACUAAAGACAGUUGUGGGAGCUCCUGUACAUGACAUCCAUACAUCAAUAAGCACAAGGGUGAUGGCCACAGCACCUCGCCAAGCCACCAAGCCAGCACCACACACCACAGGGUCCUUUCCUCACAACAAACUUUCUCUUCACCUCUUCAGUAAAGCAUUAGUGUUAGUGAUGUACUGUGUAAGGUUCUCCUCUGCUCCUCAUGUAACCUUCUGUACCUCAAGUCAGUAUUAUUCUUCUACACAAAUAGAAAGAAGGGGAAAACAUUUGUCGCACAUGUAUUGUUAAGGAUGAGUCGGAAAAUGUCUCGGUAAUUAUCAAAUCUGUAAACCUUGUGUAUUUUGUCUUCAGGUUUUGUAUAUUUAUUUUUUUAGAUGCAUAAUUACUUGAGAGGGUAAAUGAAGAUGAAAUUGUCUGACUAAACCAAUGAUGAAUGUGUUUCUUAGAUAUGUAAUUACUUGGUAAGGUAUAUGGAAAUGAAAUUAUCUGAUUGAGCUAAUAAAUAAUGAAUACGUUUUCUAUAUACAUAACUACUUGGAGGGUAUAGGGUGAAAUAAUCUAACCAAACCAAUGAUGACUUUUUUCCUAUGUAUAUCUAGUAUGUAAAUAGGCUUAGCUGCAUACUUAAGGUGGGUCACUGAGACAAGACAUGCCUCUUUGCCUCUUGCCUCUUUGCAGGAACAUAAAUACAAAGAGAGGGUUUCCAAGUCCCCUUUGCUCCAUUUCUUUAAGUUACCUUUUAUGUCUCACAGGGAACAUGGCACCAGUAUAUUUCUAUCCGACUGUGGAAUGUGUACCUUAUGUCCUCCUACCACAGCCAGGGAUGACUACUUUAUACUUCUCUGCUCCUUAUGAUGUGUGUGUGUGUGUGUGUGUGUGUGUGUGUGUGUGUGACUUGUAAUAUUUUUUGUACCACAGAUGAAAGAAUGGAGGUGUGCUGCCUUGUGUUUGGAGUGUCAUCUUCUUGCCAUAUUUCCAGUGGGCACUCAUUUGUAAUAUUUCUCAUACCACAGAUAAAAGAAUGAAGGUGUGUUUCCCUGAGUGUUGGUUUGGAGUGUCACGUACCACCAGUUAAAGAAAUAUCAGCACCCUGGCAUCAGAUGUGUUAAAUGCUUCAUCCCUGGGUCAGUCAGUAGUGUUGGCAGGCCUGUUUGGUUUGCAGAAAUAGUAGUGUUGCCAUGUGUGCUACAGUGUAAGGGGUAUAUGUUCCUACUUGGCACCUCUCACACAGUAGUACCAGCAUAUUUGUGUCUCGUAUUCCCUCACGCUGCUACGGUGCCGAUGCUUCUUUCAUUGGGGGUACCUGUCAUGUUUCCAGUGGGUGCGUUGUGAGCUGUUGCCACACCUCAGGCCUCUAUGUCAAAAUGCACGUGCCUACUUUUGUUACGCACCGCCUUUGCUAUGCUACAGGGUGACCCCAAGAGUCUGGACGCAGGAAAAAUGUAUCAAGUAUUUUUUCUUCCUUAAUAUCUUCAGUUUGUUGUCCACCAUUAGUGAUGCAAAGUUCAGUGCGUUUUAAGGAGUGUAUCCUGAAACACUUCCUUGCUGCACCUCCACAAAAGGGCCCAGUUGAAGUAAUGCAAGUUUUUAAGAGCAUUUUAAUAGUUCUAGUGACAAAUUGACAAGAUAUCUACAUUGUGAACAGGAGAAACACUCGUGGGGAACGUGGCUAAUCACCUCUGUGGCCUCGGAAAACAGCCAUGGUGAGGAACCAGAGUGUUUCAGAAUAUUUAAGUCACAAGAACCCAAUGCAGUAACAAAAAAUAAAAUAAAAAUAGAUAACUGAAACAAUGAUAAUGGUAGUGGUGGUGGUGGUGGUGGUGGUGGUAAUAAUAAUAUGACUAAUGUAUCCAGACUUUUGGGGUCACACUGCGCUCUCCAAUGUAUGUACGUAUGUUUGAAAUCCACACACACAAAGCAGGUAUGUUCCUCGGCAGCAUUAUUGUGUACACAGCGCCGUCUUUGCUCAUGCAUACGUCCUGUUUGUGAUGUUUUGUAAUUUUAUAUGUGGUUUGUAAUGUAAGGCCACUCCACCCCUCCACCCAUGUGCUGCUGCUUGCUGUUGUUGUUGUUGUCGUCGUUGUCGUCGUCAUCCUUGCUCGUGAUGUCCUCUUCUUGUUUUGGGUUCAUUAGUUAGUGUUCAAUUUUAUUCUCUUUUAUAUUUUUAUGCUUAUUUGUUUUUUUUUUGGUUUAUUAAUGCAGAAUGUUUAAUUUUAUUCUUAUUUAUUGCCUUUAUUUUAUUUAUUUAUUUAUUUAUUUAUUUAUUUAUUUAUCUGUUUGUUUAUUUAUUUAUUUAUUUAUUUAUUUAUUUUGUUUUAUUGAUUUUUUACUCUAUUUUUUGUAUGUAUGUGUUUUGUUGUAUUUAUUUUAUCUUUGUGUAUUUUGUUUAGUGUAAUCUAUUUAUCUAGUUAGUAAGUUAUUAUCUUUAUUUCAUUCUCUUAAUUAAUCUGUUUAUAAUAUUUAAUGAUUGAUUUAGGUAUUUAUCUGUCUUUAUUUUGUUUCUCUUGUUCAUUGAUUGAUUUUGUCAUUUUGCUUGAUUUAUUUAUAUAUCUUCAUUUUUAUUAUUUUGCUAGUUUCUUUUGUUUCUCUUAAUUUUCAUGAGAUCAAAAGGCCAUUACCGUGUCAUGACUCAACACACAAUAUUCCAAGUAUAUACUCUCCAUAGAUUAGAGAUUUGGAAGUGCUCAGUAUCUGCUCAUUAUCACAUUUAAUUAUAGCCUUUUUAUCAGCAAGUUACUUUGAGUGCUUGUAGUGUUUUGCAGUGCUUACAUAUAUCUUAGGUUUAAUGAAAUUCUGUGUUAUCAUUACCUUGUCUGAAUCCUGCUCGUUUUCCUUUCAUUAUCUUUCCUUCAACAUACCUACCUUCUCUCUCUCCUGUGACACCCCACCUCUUUCUCUUUGUAAUUCCUAAUCCACUGUUAUCAUUACCAUACUUGCUGUUUUGUCUGAAUCCUGCUCGUUUUCCUUUCAAUAUCUUUCCUUCAACAUACCUGCCUUCUCUCUCUCCUGUGACACCUGAUCUUCUCUUUACAACUCUCAUUCCACCACAUUUGCAAUAGGUACUACUAUUAUACGACCGCUGAUGACUAGCACACUUAUCGCGCUCGGAUUAAUUGUCUUAGUUAAUAUGUGAUGAGAUUAUGUAUAGUUUGAAUUAAGGCAGCUUUGUUUAUGGAUGUAUCAUAAGCACUAGCUAAGAUGUUUUUUACUCCUUAGAUUGUUAAGUAUUGUAAUGAAGCAGUGAUGUCAGGGAGAAUGAUGAAGGUGUGUGUGUGUGUGUGUGUGUGUUAUGGUGGAUGGUUUGGCCAAAGAGACUACAGAAGUUACUUGUAAUAGAAGAUAAAUAGAUUGCGUGUGAGAGAUUUGUGCGUGUGUAUGUGUGUGUGUGUGUGUGUGUGUAGCAGAAAUCAAAAAAGAUCUAUGCAUCACUGUAUCGUUUGAGCUUCAUAGCAGAAUUUAGCAUACAUGAAGGUGCUAGUGAGGAAAGUAGGUACAUAGUAAGUUAUGUACAGGCAAAUCAAGACUCAAUCAUCCUUUUUUUUUUCCAUCACUGAAGCGAGUUGUGUUAGGCAACCCAUGUAAGGUAAUUCAUUGGUUUCCAUUGUACAAAGCCUGUGUGGUGCUGAGUUCGUAUUUCCUCUUGGUGCUGUUUUGGUUGAUAUUAUUUCUUAGGGUACUCAAAUGUUUAUAUGAAAGAUGAGGGAAGUUGUUUAAAGGAUGUUAUUUGGAUUAUUUAGCAUUUUUAUAACCAUUUUCUGUAUUUAUUUAUUUAUUUAGAUUAUUUAGCAUUUUUAUAACCAUUUUCUGUAUUUAUUUAUUUAUUUAUUUUUGUCUGAUUUAUUUAUUUAUUUCACUUACGUUAUUUUGUUUGGAUUUGUUUGUUCCAGAUCCAUGAAGCCGAUGUUUGUAAUGUAAACAGCUGGUAGACACUAAUUAGUUCCAAUAUGGUGUGUCGGUAUCUGGCUACAUGAAAUGUCUGUACGUAUUUACAUGGCUGGUGUGGGUUGCCAGCACUACGAGCUACAUUGUCCGCCCAAUAUUCAUCAGAUAAAUUCCAAUGAAAA